AUGACAACACUUGUCUCGGAAUCGCUUCCAAUGGCGUGCAAUACAAAUCCAUUCGUUGCCAACAUGACGUUAGGUCCAUUAGGUGUCGACUACGUCCACAUUCAUUAUUGUCUAUUAUCCGGUCUACCUUUUCUCUCGUUCUUGUUUUUAUUCUUCUGGCUUGCUGCUCUCUUUUACUUUCUUGGAAGUACAGCUGAUGGAUAUUUUUCACCAACGUUGGCAAAUCUUAGUGAUCGGCUACGUGUUCCUCAUGAUGUCGCGGGUGUUACGUUCUUGGCCUUUGGUAAUGGAGCUCCUGAUGUUUUCUCAGCUAUUGCUGCAUAUGGUUCUGGUGUAGGUGAGACAGGAGUCAAUGAGUUAUUAGGAGGAGCUAUGUUUAUUUCUACAGUUGUAGUAGGUGGUGUAGCUGUGGCCACUGCUGUGAAGGUAAAACGCUGGGCAUUUUUGCGAGAUAUUGGAGCAUUUAUUGCUUCGCUGUUGCUACUUUUGUUACUUGCCAUUAGUAGCCAUGAAAGGGAUACGAGAGAUACGGCGUUAUCGGCUUUAAUGUUAUUGGUUAUGUACGGGAUAUAUGUCGGCAGUGUGGUCUUCCCAGCGUGUGUGGGAACACAAAGCAUAACUGAAGAUGAUGUUGGUGGUGCUAAGCCGGCAGGUAAGACGAACCGGGUUGUUGCUGCUUUUUGGCAUGUUCUACCGCCAAGGGGUAAUGAUGCCAAGAGAAUGGGGAGGGCUGAGCAGCACAAACAUAGAUAUGGCUUUAUUACGAGAUCCGAGGCAAAGGUAGAUGCCGAAAGUACACCAGGCAACAAUGAUGCCGGCAAGCCAUCGGAUUACAAGGAAUUUGAAAUGUCUAUGCCACGCGAACUGGCACGUCCCAGAUUCUCAAGCCGAGUGUAUGACGACCAUUUUGACGUUGAAGAGGAAGAUUCGAUGUCGUCUUCGCUGAUUGCAGACAGCAAACAGGAUACCGAUAACGAUGACGAGCGGUUGCUUCCAAAAUGGCAAGAGCACAUGCGCUGGAGGUGGCGGUUGAAGCGUCGUGUGAUUCGGAUAUUUACAAGUGACGAACCACUUGUAUUGAAGGUGCUUUGCGUCCCACAGGCAAUACUUGUUCUCCUUCGAGACAUCACAGUUCCUCUCUUAGAUGAUGAAUCCUGGUCGCGUUCCAAGGCGUGUCUGUCACCUCUGACUGUUCCACUAUUAGUCGUGGCGAUGAGCGGAUACACUAACGUCGAUAUGUGUGGCGGUAGGUUUUCGUACCCAAUACCGUUGUGGCAAGCUCUUGUGGUCGUGGGUGUCUGCACAAGUGUUAUAAUUUCGUUUUUUACUCACCGUUCACAUGCGCCACGAUCACUGAAAUCGUCAAGUCUAUUGCUAUUCCUGGCUUUUGUUGCUUGUGUAUGCUGGAUUUAUGCCGUGGCGAACGAAUUGAUGGCUUUACUGGCUGCAGUAGGUUACAUUACGCACGUUAGCAACAGCUUGUUGGGGAUGACUGUGCUUGCUUGGGGGAACUCUGUGGGUGAUUUCAUCACGGAUGUGUCAGUGGCUCGCGCUGGAUUUCCGCAAAUGGCUAUUGCUGGAUGUUUUGGUGGCCCAGUGUUUAACAUUCUUCUCGGUUUGGGACUCCCAAUGGUAUUGGCAUUCGUGUCUGGGCGCAGUGAAGACUUACCGCUCGAUGCUCAUGCUUGUAUAUCAUUAGUCUUCCUUUUUGUAUCUCUCACUUCAACGCUGCUGGUCUUUGUCCACUACAACUAUAGCUGCCCGGCGUGGUAUGGCAAACUUCUUAUGGUUUACUACUGCUUCUAUUCACUACUAAAUCUAGCUGUGGCAUUUGGACUGGGUCCAAUGUGA